GUCUUUGUGCCAACCAUUACGAUGGAAGUGGUCAGCCGCGAUUUUCACGUGCCCUCGCUUGACGAGGUGGCGGGCGUUUUUGAGGCAGGGCUCCGGGCCAAUUUCGCCACGGCCACGGCCUCGGUGGUCGACUGCCCGGAUCUGACCCAGGCGCCCUUUCAUCUGGCCUCCGAGGGCAUCUGCGGUAGCCCACGCCUGGCCGAUGUGGGUGGCGUGCCCAAUCUCGUGCCUCUGGUCAACCGUGACAAGGUGUACAACUUUGUCGAUGUUGCCAAGCAAAUCGACCUGCCCGGCGCGUUUUUCCUAGGUGCUGGCGCGGGCUCCUCCCGUUUGGCUGGCGUCAACUGCGAAAUGAUGCCCAACACCCACAUUGCCACGCAUACCAUCAAGAGCUACUUUGCCAAGGUAGAUCCAGAGGAUGGUUCCAUGGUCUUGAACCCCUACUCUUCCAAUGAGUUUGGUCUUCUCGGCAACUUUCUUGCAUCUGAAGGUCGCCCUGGCAAGGUGAUCAAGGUGGAGGCCGAGACACGCACCGGCGAUAAAAACUUUGUGACCUGCAUGCGCGAAGCAUUGCAUGCCCACUUUGGUGAUGCCAUGCCCGUGGCCAUUGGCGGCUCCUUCGUCAUCGAGGCCGGCAAUGCCAAGCUUCACGUGAUGCCUGACUUCAGCAAAACACCGCUCCAGUCUGAUGAUGAAGUGGCACAAUGGCUCAAGUUCUACGAAUGCCAGCCACCGCUCACUUGCCUCUCUGUCUUUGUCUCUCAUGAUCCCGGCAUGGACUUGCGAGUGGACCACACGCACUGCUUUUCCCAGCACGGCCAAGGCGGUCACUACCAUUACGACGUGACUCCGAAGGCAGUUAAAUACACGGGAUACUUUGUGGUUGCGGAAAAGGUGUUUCGUGUUGACGCACCCAAAGAGACGCACACCAUUGGCCGUGACUGAAGAACAAACACAAGCCUGUCGCACUGACAGGAUCAUCAGCACGCAUGCCUUGUGCAUCAGGGGUCAUCAUCACGUUCCGGGACGCAGGCAGGCGCACGGCUUGCACAAGAUAUCACGAGCUGGUCGUGUGAAUAAUUACACUCAGCAACAGUGCUUUUUGCUUAUUGAUCCUCUUGCAGGACGUAACGGGCUCUUGGCCGGUAGCACGGCAAGGCUAGCAUGUCGAAUCGAGU